CAUUUUUUUGUGAUAAGUAUAAGAGCCUCUCUUCUAGUGAUCCUGGGUUUUUGUUCUUUGCGUAGUUCCACUGACCUCGCCUUUUGCUUACCCCUUUUGGAUUUGUUUGCUAGCACCUUUUCUCUGCCUGUGUACUGACCUUUUUCCAUACUUCCUUACUUGUGGUUUACCAUUUGUUUCAGAUCCCUCUGUUCUCAGUGUGUACCAACAACUGGACCCUGGCUUUACACCAGAUCCUGCUCAUUUUACUGAUAUUGGGGAAAUGCCUGCUGCUGUCUGCUGGAGAACUGACCAGGGACCAGCUCUCCCAGUUACUACUAAUCUUUUUUGGGAAUAGCUGCCUACAUACCAGAGUUCACCUCUAAAAUGUUGUCUGGCGUCAAGUGGUACUUCCUCCAAAACAAGUCAUCCUCAACAAGAAUCUUCACCGUAGCUGCCACAACCUGCAGCUGUUUUGGUUAUCAACUGAUAGAUGAAACAUUACACCCACAUUACAUCCGCCCCAUGUAACAACUCCACUUGAUUGAACCGGGUUUCCCCGCCCUUACUUGCUACGUAACAUGCGGCACAUCCAUAGUGGCAAAUGGAGCGCACUAUCUCCACUGACCUGGAUUGAGCAGGGUCUGGUUCGCACUCAGCUGUGGACAAAACACCACCGCAGCUCUGCCGUGUAGAUGGAGUCGGGACCAGGAGGUUCUGGUUGCCAGUCACAGCUGCUGCAGGAAGAGAAUCGGCCUGCUGUACAAACCCAUGUGAUCACAUAAUUCUCUACUGCACCUGGAGUGUUGGAGAAAGACCACCAACCUGAUUAAAAAUCUCAUCUGAAAUAACCACCCUCUACAUGGACUUGGAGGGCGAAGGGUAGGGGGCAGCAGUUGCCUCCGGGAGAGACCACAACUUCACAACUGAAGUGUAACUCCACUAAGGCUCAUGGAUUUGAAGCGAGUGUUGUCCUUCCCACCAUAUCCCGGGGAUUACCUGCAUCCAGUGGUGUAUGCCUGCACUGCAGUCAUGCUGCUCUGUCUGUUGGUCUCCAUCAUGACUUAUAUUUUCCACCACAGUGUGAUCCGCAUCAGCAGGAAUGGCUGGCAUACACUCCUCAAUUUCCUCUUUCACACAGGACUAACAUUUGGAGUUUUUGCCGGGGGCAUCAAUCAGAUCAAACUACCUUUUGUGUGUCAGAUGGUUGGCAUUGUGCUCCACUAUGCUUCUUUGUCUACCAUGCUGUGGCUGAUGUUUACUGCUAGGGACAUCUGUAAAGAUGUGUCCAAAGACCCACUUCAGACCCAGGACAAGAAUGGGCCAGCUCAGACUCACACCAAACCAACCAUCCUCAGAUUUUAUCUUGUCAGUGAUGGGAUCCCUCUCAUAAUUGUUGGAGUUACAGCAGCAUUUGGUAUGGAUAACUAUGGCAGCAGGGAUGAAGCUUUAUAUUGCUGGAUGGCAUGGGAACCAAGCCUGGGAGGUUUCUAUGCCCCCAUGACUCUUCUGGUCUUAGUCAUGUCUGUGUACUUCUUGUGCACAUACAUCCAGCUCAAACGCCAUCCAGGGAGGAAGUAUGAGCUGCAAGUUCUGAGUGAGGAGCAGCAGCAGUUAUCAUCCAGUGAGCCAAAAAAUCACUGCCACACAAACACUGGUGGACUUUCUGGACCUGCUGGGGACUGUCCACCAUUUGCUACAGGCGUAUCAGUGCUAGCCAAUGAGCAUUCAUUCAAAUCUCAGCUCCGGGCCACAGCCUUCACCCUUUUUCUGUUCCUGGCUACAUGGGCUUUAGGGGGAUUGGCAGUAUCACUGGGACAUUUCCUGGAUAUGAUAUUCAGCUGCCUGUAUGGGGCUUUUUGUGUCACUCUGGGACUCUUUCUUCUAAUCCAGCACUGUGCCAAACGUGAUGACGUGUGGCACCACUGGUGGGCUUGUUGCCCGUUCAAAUCCAACACAGAGGAUGGGAAUGGGAGCGGACAGAGCCAGAGGCAGGGGCUCCAUCGGCCCCACUGCCACCUGAACUCCCCAUGCUCAGGCAAGCAGCAGCUGCUUUCUCCUCACCUUGUGCAGAGUUCUUAUCACAAAAUGACACCAUCUCCCCAGAGCUCCACACCCAUCCCCACAGGUCCAUGCUGUGUGGCUGUGAUGAAUCCUGUUACCACAACCCCCAUCUCACCUAUCACUGAGCCAAUGCCCUCACCAUGUCCACAGUCACUUCCUGACGAACUCCCUCGUCCCAUUCUGCCCCUACAGAGCUGCCUUACUGACAGAACAAAGUCACGCUCUUUCAACCGCCCACGCCCAUGCCUCCAGGAAUACCGUUCUCACAUGGCUUCCACCAGUAUGGAUGAGAGUGUGCAUAGCUCCCAUCUAGACAGCCUGCAUGCUGCACACCACCUUGAAAGCUCACCCCUGGUUUCCAACAGCCCACACCCGGACGUCCAGCUUUCCUGCCCCAGCCCUCACUUGGAUAAGCAGAUGGUUUCCUGCCACAGCUUGCAACGCCAAACCUCCUGCCACAGUGUAAAAGACUCAAUGACUUCCUGCCACAGCCAGGCACACAAUAUGCAUAACAGCAUCAGUUCCUGCAACAGCCUCCUCCUGCCUUCUCAUGGGGUCCACACCUGCCAGUGGCAUAUGUACAGCUCAGCUGAUCAUUCUUCCACCACAAGCUGCUGUGAGAAACCUGAUCCCUUCACCUUGCAGUAUCUGCAAGAUCCUGAAGCUUACAGCUGCAUGUCAAAGACAACAGACAAAGAGAAUGAUAAUCUCUGUCUAGAGGUGGAGCCGAAAGGUUUCCCAAGAAAUACUCUGCCUCGGCAGCACACCACCAUCAGCUUACGAGGCACCAUCGGCCGAAACAGGAGCCUGCAGGAAGACGGCCUGUUUUGUUCAGAUGCUACAAGAAACAUACGGACUGGCCCUUGGAAGAAUGAAACCACCGUAUAGUUUUUUUUAUGCUUAUACUUGCCAGACCUUACAGUAGCCCUAUAAUCAAAUUACUCAUGAAGUGUUUGGGUCCCACUGCCUUCAGCUUUGCCCUUAAUCUACAGGUUGAGCUUUCAGUGGGGCCUCGUAUCCUGAUAUUUCAGAACCCUUUAUGACAAAGUUAUCUUUGUGUGUUACAAAUCAGUUUUUAUGAGGAAUUUUCAAACACAAGAAAGGUUCAGUUAAUGUUGAAUUAAUUUUCCUUUCCAUGGAACAAGACAAACACGUCAGGGAAUACAAGGAAUACUCAUGCAUAGAGAUCUUCACGGGUUCAUAACUCUGGAUUCGAUCAGUUCAUCUACGUUACUAGGAACCGCAUGAACCUGUAAAGAUCUCUACUCCUUCCACUGCCCUUGACCAAGGAAAUUGAUUUUUUUAAACAAUAUUUCUAUUGGGAUGUGUCUUAGAAAUUUCAAGUUUACCACCUGCUGGCUAACCUAGUGUUUCUCAAUCACAGGGAAUACUUUCGUAUUUUACUUACUAUUCAGAGAAAAGAGAAAAACAUUAAAUGAAUUUUCUUUAAAGUUCUCAAAAACCCAUACAUCCCUUAGCAAGCAAGAGGGAGAAUCUGGAGCGCCAAUAACCUUUCAAAUGCUGCAUGUAUACUCACUUGGGUUUUGGAAUGGAGUUCUUCACGGGUUUGGACCCAAUCCAGAACUGACCUGUGGAGAAAAAGGGAUCCUUUGGGAUCAAAGUGAUCCAAGGACAGUGAGACCUAAUCUGAAUAGACCUAAGGAUAAUUAGACCUGAUCCAAAAUGCGGUCAGUAUUAUGCAAAGAAGUAUCAUCGAUUGCACCUUUAAAUACUUGGAUUGAUCUGUUUUGAAAAUAUCUAUUUUUUUUAAUGUCACAUUUCUAAUGGCAUUGUUAAGCACCAUGCAAUUUUAAAUAUGAGUUACACGUGAAAAAAGAUUUGAAUCAGUGUGAGCAUGUGUGUUUUUUGUUUGCAACAGUGCAUGAGUAGGUAUAUACAGAUGUGGUUUGUUUGUGCUAUAUAUAUUUGUUAUAACGGACCCACCCUUGCAGAAUUUUACAUUUAUGAAUACCUUGAUAAAGAUUAAUUUAUGAAAAUUUUCUAUGGAGACACUUUAUGUAUGCUGCCAAAUAGAGUCCAAUAGACUCUUGUCUGACAAAUCUUGCACUAGUAUGUACUAUAGUAACCCUCACUUGGCGGGAUAAUAAUUCAAAAGAAAAGUGAAAUGUGCUAAAAAGCACAAACUUUGUACAAUGCCAAAAUUACGUGACAGUUUUCACUGUGAUGAGAAACUACACACAACUCAUUUUCAACAUUGUUUGUAGCAUCGUACAAACUUGAACUCAGGUUUUAAAAGAUCAUCAGCAACCCUUUCAAGUUGUUCCAGAAACUUCCAUAUGAGAUGUUUUUGCAAGUUAAGCCAGGCUUACGUCAAUAAAUUAGGCUCAUUUUCUGUUUCAUAAGUAGUUUAAUAAGUCUGACUAACAAGGACUGGUCCUUAUCAGGUUAGUUUUCAGGUUUAGUUUCACCUCAGGCUAAAUCAUUGUUAACCAGAAAUGAUUGUCCUCUACAAGUUCUUCACGAAAAGUUCCUUUUUACUGCUGCACUGUGAGCAGAAUUGUGAGUCAAACAGGAUUGCAUGUCAAAUUAUCCCAACUUGACAUGGCCUACAGUUGUUUGCUUCUUAAAAUCCAGAUUUCUUAUGUUCAAACUAAAGUAUCAGCUCAGAGCUUUAAAGGGGCUCUAUGUAAGUUUUUGCUAUUACUACAUAGCCAACGUUAGCAUUAAGCUGUUUACUUACCAGUCUAGAAGAAACGUUGCAAGUUCAUCAUCAAAACUUCAUUCCUUUACUCACCAAGAGCUGUCUCAGGGGUGGAAAGCAAAGCCAAUGUUAACUCGUUUUGCUUUUAUUACUAUCACUUCUUUGCCUUUACUGAAGUUAGUAUGCUAACCAGUUAGCCCCUGCCCAGCUGGCCCAUCUUGUCACUUUCCAAUAGCGAGUCACUGUAGCAUCCAGUCUGCCCUCAGUCCAACAUGAGAGGAUGAAGAAAUAGUGCUGCCCAGAGGGUGUAUUCACACUUCUUGUCUUGUAAUACAAUGGCUGAAGCUCUUGGCAAGUGACAGUCACUUGCUACGGGCCAGAAAAUCACGUGUGGCGGCACAGAAAACUUACAUAUAGCCCCUAUAAGGCUUGAAUAUCAAAGGCUUCUCUUUAUAUCCCAGUCUUUAUUGUGAAAUUAUUUGACCUACGCUUCAUGUCUCAGGUCUGUAUUUUAAAGAGAUAGUUUGACAUUGUGGGAAAUGUUUUUAUUUGUUUUCUUUAGGACAAGAGUUGUAAUUGAUGUGACUCUCAUGUCUGUGCGCUACGUAUAGAGCUAGAGUCAGAAGGUGAUUAACCUAGCUUAGCAUAAAGACUGGAAACGGGAAAAAUGUUGGCCUAGUUCAAAAAGUAGUAACACCAUGUAACUUCUCUUAAAACCAUGAACUGUUAUUUUUCCAUUUUUGUUCGUGCACAGAUUAAACAAAUGAUUAACAAUAACUCCCUGCUCCAGAUCUGUACAUAACACAGACAUGAUUAAUCUCCUUAUCUUGAAAAAAAGUGAAUAAGGAUGUUUCCCCAAAAUGUAGAACUACUACUUUAAAGUCAUGAACAAGCAGUUCUUAAACCAGACAUGAAUAAUACCGAUCAUAUUAGCUCUGAGUUAGCUUUAUAACAGCUGUAAAGUUCAUUCUUGAUCUCAGAGCUAGUCGUCUGACAAAAUAAUGUUAACUCAAAGUCCACUUACUAGCUUUUUAUUGACUUUCACCUGCAUGUCAUGGACUUCAUCAAUGAUUUGAAGUUGGCUUAGCUGACAUGGAGUUAGCUCACAUUAUGACCACUGACCCAACUCCACCAAGCCAAUUUAAUCUGCUGAUUAAGACCAUGAUAUGAAUGGAAUUAUAUUUGUUUCAUAUCUGAGCACAGAAUGGGACAUUCGUAACAUAAAUUUUAAAUGCUAUUUUGUAGCACUAUUUAUUGGCUAAGGAGGUAGAGUGGGUUGUCCACUAACUGGAAGGUCGGUGGUUCGAUCCCCGGCUUCUCAAGUCGGCAUGUCCUUGGGCCUGAUCCCCAAAUUGCUGUGAUGUCUGUGCCAUCAGUAUAUGUGUGUGUGUGUUUGUGUGUGUGAAUGAGUGAAUGUGGCUUGUAGUGUAAAGCGCUUUGAGGGGUCAAUAAGACUAUAAAAGCACUAUAUAAGUGCAGUCCAUUUACAAUUAUCAUGUAAAGAGUUAUUUAAGCAAACAAAAAUCUAUUCUAUGCUCACACGUUUUUAUAUGGAUACUAUUAUCCAUUUAAGAGCUCACUAAUUACUUAUCUUGUGUGCCCUCAAACACUUAACAAUAUAAUUUUGCUUGCAAAAAAUCUUUUCUGUGCUCAAAAUGUCCCAUUGCGGACACAGGAAUGAGAGACAAAUGAAAUGCCUUAGAGAUUCAGUUCUGUGGAAAAAGCUAGUGAAAUGACUUUGCUUUAUUGAAUAAUUUAUUUUUAUUUUAUCAAGCUUAAUCCUCAUUUCUGUUGUUGGGCUGACUUAAUUCAGACCCUUCACAUUAAAUAAUGCUCUUCUGAGCCUUUUUUAUGAAACACCUCUCUGGUUCAUGGUAUUUUAUCAGGAUCUUUGGAAUUUCACUCAGUGUAACUCAUCCUUACAUUUUAUUCUACUUUUAGGCCAUAAAGAUUUCAUAUGGAAACUAGUAUAUAAAUUUAAAGACGUAUGAGUCAUAGCAGUCUGUUAUAUAUUGUAGGUUAAACACAGAUGUUCACUCUUCAACAUAUCCCACUUUGAUGUACCGUAAGUGUGAUCAUCAAAUGACACUAACCUUCAUCCUGACGCUUAUGUCUGUGUACUGUACAUGUGAUGUGUUGUUGUGCCUGAAUGUUGCGACAGCUUUAAUCAUCUUCCCAGGCCGGGGACAAGGAUCAUCCGUUGGGGUUGAAAUGACAUUGAAGGAUGCUGUCCAAGCAUUAAACCAUUUUAAUGUAGCAUUUUUCACUUUCACAUCUAUUCUGGAUUUUCAAUAGUGUAAAGAAACAACUGGACACCUUGUAAGACAAAGGGAGUACCAACAUGAGCACUGUGUCUUGUCUGCACAUAAAUAAAUAUUUACUGUGAUCCACUGCAUUGUUCAUUGUCAUUGUUCUCUCUUUGUACAGGGCAGUA